GCAAGCAUUUACAGUUGUUUCUCGGAAUUUUUGUUUGUUGUCUUCUCAGCAGCCCAGUUAUGUUUGCUGCCAGCAGCCCAGGGUGCCACAGUCACUUGUACAAUUCCAUACGUUCAUAUCUCCACAAUCAGAACAGAGCACAGCCCAUCAUUGGUCUGAACUCCAUCACAGAGGUGUUGGCAUAUAAUCAGCCUGCAUUGUACUUUUGUGAUGUCUGCGUUUUGAGAAUAACCAAGGCUGAUAUCAGGAACCACAUCAUGGGCAGCAUUCACAGAUACAAUUACAUUAAAUCUCAUCAUGCACAUGGGUGGACGUCUGAUACAGACCUGACUCUUUUGGCUCGCCCUCUAAUGGAUAUCGCAAAAAAGGUUGAAAAGAAAAAGGGAACAGGUGAUAUACAGGUUCUGAGUGUGUAUGAAGUCAUCUACAAGGAGAUGGCAUCAUUGCCUGUCCCUGAUGCUUUUGCUCAGAUGAAGAAGAUCAAGGAUCAGCGAAACCCUAAUGCACCUAAUUUGCUUGUUCAUAACAGCCCGUCUGAAGGUAAAGAAACCGGUGCUCAAGAGCAGCAAGAGUCUGUCAAUAUGAAUGGGACUGCACAACUUCCAACUUUAGGAAGUUUGGUCCCAACACAGUGUGUAUCUACGACACCAUCGAGGUCAAAGCGUUCAAGUAUGAUUGAACCCCAAAAAGUCUCAACCAAUCCAACACCAAAACCAUCUCUCCAUAGAACCGCAGGUCCUGUCAAACCAUUAUUCACAUGCCAGGAUGUAUCUACACCUCAGAGUCUAGUGGAUUCUCGUGUUUCAUCUAGAAUACCUUUUCUAGAAAGCUACCCAGCUCCAGUCCUCAGCCAACACAUAAAUCAGCAUCAACCAAUCCCAGGCAGAAGCCUUCAAAGAUAUAUAAUGCCAUCUGAAAACCAGUGUUUUACUGAAGCAAGGACAAUCUCUAUUGUAAGACCACCAAGACAGUGUAUCCCCAUCAGAAUUCUUUGCCAGAAUGACAUUGUGCGUGCUGGUGAAGAUGAUGGGAACAAUUCUGUCCAGUCAUUUGGAGUCAGCUAUGAAUCACAUCCAAUGCACCUGGCCCAAACCACUCCAUAUGAAAUCCAGCUGCAAACACCAUCUCUUUCAGUGAGCCACAUGGUACCAGAGUUAACCCAGGAUCUAACAAACAGGCAUGGAUUUUUCAGGAUUGAAAGGUCACCUGAUAGUCCAGAGCCUGUUAGAGAUGUGGAGAUCGUUAUCAAGCAGAUCAGAACCCAAAUGCUAACAGAAACACCGGAACAGGCUACAAUGUAUGAUUUAAGUCCGUUCCAUGAUGAGUCUAAUUUACAAGAACCAAUCAACACCGGCUGGGAAGCACAUGAGGAGCCUCAAUCAGACACCUUAGCAGAAGAAAACACCUUUGUGUUCUCACAAAGUCCAAUUUCCCAGUCUCCUCUUACUCGGACUCAAAGUCCUUCUGAUCAGUUUCAAUCAAUAGAAGAUUUUCUAGAAAACUACAAUGGUCGAAAGCCUCUUAUCGGUCUACAAGCUGUUAUUAAGUGCCAGAGCGUGGAUGGGAAUCCACCUCCAUGCUGUUACCUGUGUCAGCUGUGCUCUUUGAAGCUGAAGAAGAAAAAAAUAUUCAGCCAUCUGACUGGCUGUGAUCACCAGCGAAACUACUUAAAAGCUCUCCAUCCACAGCUCUUGCCUAAAAAGCGUAAACACUGCAACACAAAUGAGAUGCUUGAGGAUAUUGCUAUCCAACUGGAGAAAGAGGAUGGAAGAGGACAUAUAAAGGUGAUGAGGUUGUCUGCAUGUCUCAUAAGUGAGGUACUGGAAAAGGAUUAUCAUUGGUGCAUGAGGGUGUUGAACUGUGGAGCCGAUGUGGGGUGGAGAUCAGGUCUGUUGUCUUUCAAGGAAGGAACUAACAACACUACAGGUCCCAGUCAUACUCUUAAACGGCCAGCAGAGUCUGUGCUGCCCCCUUCUGAUAACAGCACCACUGGUCCCAGUCAGACUCUUAAACGUCCAGCAGAGUCUAUGCUGCCCCCUUCUGAUGCACGUGCUUUUAUAGCUCCUGCCGGAGCUCCAACCCAUCAGAUGUCCAAAAAAAUGAAGAAGGGUCAUCCUAAGAAAGUAGUAUGUACAAACAAAGUUAAGGAGCCUGUGUUUAAGGUAAGCCUGUCACUGCAGGAGGGACCUGUUAUCAUUGAGAGAACAUCUCUAAGAGAGACAACCACAGUGGCGCCUGAGAUCGAAGACCAAAGCCCUGCAACCACAUGCGCAGACGAUGCACUGCCUUUAGCGACUAACACGCAUUCUGAAGUUCAAAUGUGCUUUCACAGCUGUAUGUAUGAGGAACAGUUCACUAAUCCUGUUCAUUAUGCAUACUCAGGGCAGUUUGACCAGUCUCAAGUUAUUCAAUAUUUCGAGCCUUCUCUCAGACCUAGGGACUGUGGUCCAGUGGAUGAGGUGGUCACUGUCACGUAUGCUGAUUGGCCGCUGCAGGACUGGUCCUGCAAUAACAACCAGUGGAUUGUAAUGAGGCAAAACAGGGAUGGAAGUGAUCUUCCUUCUGAGUGUGCAACCAAAAAACACUUUGAAGAUGAAGCGAAGGAAACUAUGCUCCUCCGAUGUGCUAGGAAGGAGGAGGAAGAUGCAUUAACUGCUGAAGCCCUACAGUUGGAGGGAACACUGAAUGAAAAGGAAGAGUUAAACAGAUCUCUGCAGCUUAAAUGUGAGGACCUCCAGCUAGAGGCACAAAGGCAGCUUGAGCAGAACCAUCAGAAAGAGGAAGUAGUAAAGCAGUACUGCUUUCAGAUCCAGGAGACCAAACUAAAGCACAGAAAGAUUCGGAUGAAGUUUGAGAAUCAGCUUCAGCAAUUAAUGGAGCAGCAUAAAAACCUGUCCACCGUCUUUACUCCACAAAGACUUCCAGCAGAAAUACAGUCUGCAGAGUACACCACUGAGCAGCUGUUGAAGGCUGAACAACAGAAGCUGGAGCAGUUGACCAAGCUUCUGGACGGGUUAAGCCACACCCAGAAUGCAGAGAUGCACAUGGACACUUGUGAAAAAGCACCAUGAAUACCUCAAACUGAUUUUGCAAACUUAAGCUGAGUAUCUAAUACCUUCCAACAAAUAUGAAUUUUACAAAGAAGCAGCUUAUAUAUUCUUUUCCAUUCUGUUCCAUUGUCCUAAUUUAACUUGUUACCAACUGUAUUGUCAACAAAUGCUUGUGAACAAAUACUGUUUAAAACCAAAAUUAAACC